AUGAUACUGAGAAUCGCCGCCCUCACUAGUCUGCUCAGCGUAUUGACACGCGUGUCAGCAGGCAACGAACCCGCAAUCACCACCCUAGCAGAGGGCUACCAUUACAUCGCCAAGCUCCCCUGUAUCAACUGCCCGUACCUGUAUCAGGAUGCGACGGAAGGCGAAGACGGACACUGGAUCGACCGUGUCGACGACAACGCCUUACUCUUCAACAUCUCCCUCGCCUCCACAGCAACACACCUCCUUCUAAACAACGCCUCCCUCCUGACGCCGUCUCCAUCACCCCCCCUCAUCACCGCCCCCCAAGUCCUCCUCUCCCCCCCUAAUACCCCCCCAUUCACCCCCUUCCCCCUCUCCUACAGCACAACCCUCCACCACCUCCCCAAUACGACCUCCUUAGUCUUCCGCUUCAACGUCUACGCCCUGCACCCGCCCUCACUGCCACCCAUCACCCUCGACGCCUCCGCACAGCCCGUGCUCGAGGUCCUGCUCAUGCCGCAGCUGCUGCUGUCGCCCGCGGACGGGGUGAUGUGGGUCAUCGGCAAUGUGCGGCUGGCGGAGCGCGAGAAGAAGGGGAGUCAGCGGCCGGUGAGGGUGGUUAUGAUGAGCGAGUGGGAUGGGGAUGGCAGGAAAGGGAGUUUGGGGCAUUGGGGGAGGGGGUGGGGGAGGUGGGUCUGGGCGGUUGCAAGCAGUGGGGUUUUGGGGCUGGGGGUUGUGGUUCUCAGCGCGUUGGCGGUUUUCGUUGCGGGCGUGGUGGCUUGUGUCACUGGGUGGGAGAGAUAUGGGGCCCAGGGGGGUGAGGGGUUGGCUGCGAAGGGGAAGGAGGGGAGGGACGUGGAGGCGGCGAGGGGCGGAUUUGUGAGUGCGGCUGUGGUGGGUGGGGGAAAGAGUGAUUGAAGUGGGUGAGAGACGCGGG